AUGGCGACGCGACGCGCGCGAGCGACGACGCGACAGCCGCGCGCGAAGGACGCCGCGGCGGACGCGGCGGACGCGCGCCGGGGGAAGGGCGCGGCGUCGACGCGGGAACCGCGACGGGCGGAGCUGCGCGCGGAGAAGGCGGCGCGAUGGCCGAUGUGCAUGGCGAUCGCGAUCGAGAAGACGACGGUGGUGCGAGGGGUGGUCGUCGCGUGCGCGGCGGUGGCGCUGGCGGUGGCGCUGACGUUGAUGGAUUGGAGCGACGACGGGGCGGGGGCGUUUUUGAGAAAGAUUCGAUGGGCUCUGAACCCGUUGAGCGUGUUCGUGGCGUGCGAACUUAACGUUCUCAUCACCGCGUUCGUGGUGUUGUUUCCGGUGACGUACGCGCAGGCGGCGAUCGACGAGCGAGAGGGAGUGGAGGAGAGCGACACGCUGCGGUUGUUAAAACUGCCAGCCAUCGUCGCGGAGUUCGCGGUCGGGAGCAAGGUGGCGAUCGCGCGCUUGGGGGACGUCAUCGUCAGAGAUUUUUCGCUCUUCAUGGUCGUUUACUUGUCGUUCGCUGGGUAUUGGCUCGCGUUGGAUGGCGAUCCGAUCGAUAGCGGCGUCGGCGCGUCGAGCGUGCACGAAAUGGAGGGCGGCGUCUCCGUGCACUCGUUGGUGCAAUAG